AUGGCCGCUCGCUCAGUACAGACUCGUCAGGUAAGUGUGUAUGACAACAAAAUAAAGGCUUAGAUUAUACUUUGUUAGAUAAAUUCAGCUAACUUUUCCAUUAGCAGCCAUCCAAGAGGCCAACAGACACCUUUUUGUGCAAUUGUGUCCGAAAUUCUAUUCAAAAGCAAACUUGGAAUUAGACCGAUGGUCUGUAUCAUUAUUAGCGUAAUUUUCGAAAACUCUUUUUGACUGAUUGAUUGAUCGAAUUUGUGCUUAAUUUCUAGGCUGCGGUCAUUUUAGAUGGGAUCCACACAGAAGUUAUAUGUUGCUAUUAUCAAGACAGAAUUUUUGUGAUUGUUUCUCAAUUUGAGAAGAUUGGCACUUUGGUAAGACAUAAACAAGCACUGCUUGAUCCACAUUGCCCCUAAAGGUGGUGUGUGUGGGGAAGGGGGAAUUCACAUAUGAAAGAGACGUGGGUGCUUGUCAAAUAAUUAGAAUUAAACCAGCUAGAGGAUGACCAAUCUGGGUGCAGUUCAGGCUUUACUUGACCAGUAAAGGAGGCCUAUCCAGAGAGAAUAGCUAACAUUUGAUGAACAUGCUACCAGGGUUUCCCUGUAAAAUGACAUGUUAUUGCCUAGAUCUGGUAGAGCUUCUGAUUGGUUGAAAAUUUGCUUCAUUCAAUCUGAUGCAGAUCUGAGUGGUAACACAUCAUCAGUACGGAAUUUUUGUGCUACUUCCUCAGUUAUCAUUUCGCAGUGAAACCAGUAGCCUGCGAAAACAGCCGUUCCUCCUCGCUCUUCACUGCUGGGGCGUUUUGUGCAGAGGAACAUCUUUGUCUCAGCAACAGAAAUUCUAUACUGAUGACAUAAAACCUGCCCGGAAUCCAGUCAGACACGCUGAUAGGGAGACGAUGUAGUUACACUGUUUUAGCUACUGUUUACGAAUGACAGACAAAAGACAAAAGGCCACAAAGGUCAAAUGUAAGCAAUGGAUCUCUAACAAAACAGUCAGUACUUGUGGAAUAUAGUCUUGUCUAGAAGAAGCCUUUGAGUUUUGCUGGAGCUUAUUAGCAAAUGAACACAACACUUUACCAAAAUCAACCAGGAGAAACGUAAAAUUAAACAAAUUUGCAUUUGGAACCCCAUGACUACCGGAUUUAUAAUGUUAACAUUGAUUUACAUCAUCAGUAUAGAAUUUCUGCCACUGAGUCACAGACGUUCCUCUGCAUGAAAUGUCCCCAUUGGCGAAGAGCGAGGAGAAGGGGCUGUUUUCGCAGGCUAUGAAACCAGUGUCAUAAAAUGUGGACUAAAGGAGACUAAAUUCCUACACAGUAUCAUGCCAUUUUUGUUUUUUUGAAUAGAUACUUCCUUUAUGCACAACCCUAAGCGAUACCUUUUAUAUGAGUAAAAAUAUUGGCUUUCUGUCUAGAACUCUUUUAGUGUGACCACAAUCUGCAAUUUCUACCCCUAAGUGAGACAACAAGCAUUAUCGCGGGCCACAUUACACAUUCUUAUUGUGACUAAACUGGAUAUGGUUCUCUUUCAUAGAGCAGUUCUUUUUGUUCACAGAUAAGUGUAAAUAAACUGUCCAGCACCAAAGAUGCUUCAGCCACAGGGAUGCAAACAUUCAGCACUAAAACACUUAUAGGGAUUGAUGAGGUAUGUAUUAUAUUUUCCUUUUUGAAAAAUAAAGGUUAUCAGUAAAAAGCUGUAAUAAUAAUUUUGAGGUUGUGUUGUAGACAAUACUCCACGGAUGUGAUUGGUUGUAAUGGGUUUAGUCUUGGGUUGGGAGCACACUGCUGGGACUGUAGAAUCCUUCACCUAUAUAUCAGACAAAUUUCAGCGGAAUUUUGGGAGCCCUCAUCCCUUUGCAGUGGAAGAGAGUGAGAACCUUCUUCCUCUCUGUAACUCCACGGUCAAGCAUGAGAGAAUGCUGGGAAAGUUUGAACACAACUUAGGGUUGUGAUUUUGUCUCAGUGCUGGUAUGAUUUAUCUUUCAGGAAAUCUGGCAUGUUUAUGCCAAGCAGAUAGCAAAGCUGAUCAGUGAGAGCUCCAAUAAGCCAGUUCUUCUUGGUAUUGCCCUCAAGAAACAUUCACCACAGAUUUUACAGCAGAUUCUACAUCUUCUGCAAGCAAACAGAGUUUGGUGAAACUUUUCUGUGAAUACUUCAAAGGCAAAUUAACUAAAUAUAAGAAAAUCAUAGCUGAAUUAACCCUCAAUCAGUGAAUUAUUUGAAUUAUUUUCAGUUUUUGUCAAACAUCAAGUAAUAAAACCAUUCCUGAAAUUUCUCUUGGGAAAUGUCAAAAUAGAAUAAAAAACAUGCCAAUGCUGAACACAGACUGAGGCAAAUGGUUGAUUGACCUGCCAGGCAAAAAAUUUUUCUCUAAUGCACAUGACAAGACCAUUGUUAACAGGCAGCUACGAGCUGUGACAAAAUGACACUCAACCAAUCCAAACUUUAGAAUAAAACAAUUACUCAUUACAAAUGNGAAUGCUGGGAAAGUUUGAACACAACUUAGGGUUGUGAUUUUGUCUCAGUGCUGGUAUGAUUUAUCUUUCAGGAAAUCUGGCAUGUUUAUGCCAAGCAGAUAGCAAAGCUGAUCAGUGAGAGCUCCAAUAAGCCAGUUCUUCUUGGUAUUGCCCUCAAGAAACAUUCACCACAGAUUUUACAGCAGAUUCUACAUCUUCUGCAAGCAAACAGAGUUUGGUGA